ACAGUUGAAGGAAAGACUUAGCAACGAGGGGGAAAUUAUAUCCAAUCAUAAAGAGGUCAUAAAUUUAAGUAAGAGCUCAAAAUGAAAGCGAUGCAUAGGAAAUGCGAAUAAAGCUGAUAAAUAACUUUGUGUAUAUCGUUGAACUGAUGUUGUUUGAAAUUAAGGGACCAGUUGCCGAUUCACAUCAGAGUGUAUAAACUGAUGCAUUAUAAAAGCGCCACACAAACAGUUUUGGGUUUUUCUGUGAGCAACAGUUUCAGUAAUAGCAUAAAAGAAUAUACUCAGGACGUAUUAUAUUUCAGUCGUACUGAAAACGAUGAAAUAAAAAAUUUAAAGGCCAAUAUUGUAAUAAAUAGAUAAAUAUAUUUUCAAAAUCGGUAUAAAAUGAGACAACAUAUAAAAUAGUUGUUACAAAUUGUUAGAACUUACAAAAUUAUAGUGGAUACAGUUUUCAAAUAAUUUUACGCAUAUAUGUGAAGCACGUAAUAAAUGGCUCAAUUUUUUAAGUAAUCUAAUUACUACCACAAAUUGUACUACUUAUUGAAACGUGCGACAUAUCGUAAACAAUAUAAGUUGGUUUUAUCGUAUACUAUGAUUUUAACAAAUUGUUUUUAAAACAAUUUAAAGAAGUACAUAGAAUUUCUGGCUGUAAGGAGAAAAUUGUUGAAAGCUUCAUGCUUAUGGCGAACAAUACUGAUUUAGAUGUUAAAGACGAUGGUGUUUAUAAUCGCUCGGGAAUAGGACAUGAUGGUUCGGAAACAGUACACAUACCAUCUCACAGGAAACGCAUAGAAACUAUAGAAAUGACUACGAUCAGUAACACAAAUGAAAGCUUAACCUUACCUACAUCAACCACAAUUUCAUCCUCUUCGUUAUUGGCAAAAAUGAAAAACGAAACUGAACAGGUGCGAAACCAGAAUGCCUUACCGGAACGUGGUUCCUGGUCAUCAAAGCUAGACUUCAUAUUAUCUGUUGUGGGUCUUGCUAUCGGACUAGGAAAUGUUUGGCGGUUUCCAUAUCUAUGCUAUAAAAAUGGGGGUGGGGCCUUCCUUAUACCAUAUUUCUUGACUCUAAUAUUGGCUGGGAUACCAAUGUUUUUUAUGGAAUUAGCGCUGGGACAAAUGUUAACAAUCGGAGGUCUGGGGGUUUUUAAAAUUGCUCCCAUAUUUAAAGGCAUUGGCUACGCUGCUGCUGUAAUGUCUUGCUGGAUGAACGUUUACUAUAUCGUAAUUCUGGCAUGGGCCGUUUUUUAUUUUUUUAUGUCUAUGAAAGCAGAUGUGCCUUGGCGUUCUUGUAAUAAUUUCUGGAAUACCGUAAAUUGUGUCAAUCCAUACGAGCGCAACAAUUUAAUUUGCUGGGAGGAUUCCAUAAAUGGAACAGUAAAAAAAAUGUGUUCUCUAGCCUUAGCAAAUAUCACCGCAUCAGAACUGACCGAUCCAGUUAAAGAAUUCUGGGAACGUCGCGCACUGCAAAUUUCUGAUGGUAUCGAACAUAUUGGCAAUAUUCGUUGGGAAUUGGCGGGAACUCUGUUACUGGUGUGGAUUCUAUGCUACUUCUGUAUAUGGAAAGGCGUAAAAUGGACAGGCAAAGUAGUUUACUUCACUGCACUAUUUCCAUACGUCUUGCUAACUGUACUACUUAUUCGUGGCAUAACCCUUCCAGGGGCAUUUGAAGGAAUAAAGUUUUACGUGAUACCUAAUUUUUCAAAACUUACGGAAUCAGAAGUAUGGAUUGAUGCGGUUACACAAAUUUUCUUCUCUUAUGGGCUUGGACUUGGAACUUUAGUUGCGCUUGGCAGCUAUAAUAAAUUUACAAAUAAUGUUUACAAAGAUGCUUUAAUUGUAUGUUCUGUUAAUUCAAGUACGAGCAUGUUUGCUGGAUUUGUGAUAUUCUCUGUUGUGGGUUUUAUGGCAAACGAGCAACAAAGGCCGGUUGCAGAAGUAGCUGCAUCUG